AAUUUAUGAUAAACGGACUGAACCGCCUAAACUUUUAAGACUCAACUUACCGUAAAUUGUAAUUAAUAAUUAACACUAGUUACUAACACCGCUAUUAAUUGUAUAAUAUGGCUCCAUGCUCAAUUAAACAAUGCAUUUGUGUUAUAAAUACGGUAUAAUGUGUAUUAUGGUGAAUGGUGAUAAUCUAUGAUUUAACAAACUGUUAGUUUAUUAUUUCGUUUUUUCGUAAUCCUCGAGAGAUAAAAAAAAAACAUAAGUAAUUGUUGUACACGGGUCACGGACGGUUGACGAUACUAAAGUUAGUUAAGCCUAUGAUCUUUGAUAAUCUCAGCUGUUAUUUUAUGGAUUUCAAAAUUAAAAAUAUUGUUUGGCAUUUCAAAAAUUAAUGUGGUCGGAUUAUCAUUUUUUUUAAAUAUAAUGUUUAUUAUGAAUUUGGCUUGUAAAAAGUUUAUUCUAAACCAACUUUUCUCUGUACCUCGUUUAUUUCACUUGAGUAAAUUGUUUAGAACAUCAUUUUCAUCAAUCGAACAUAUUUUAAAUUCUGUUGAUAAGUGUGAAUAUGUAAGAUAUAAAUUUCCAAAUGAAAUAAAAAUUAAAAAUGUAGUUGAUACUAAACGACAACAAUUUAAUUCUUCAUUUACCAUUAUACCAGACAUUGUGUCUGUAGAUGAAGAAUCACGACUGAUUGAUGAAAUAGAAAAGUCAUUAAAACGUUUACGCUAUCAGCAUGAUCAUUGGGAUGAUGCCAUACAUGGAUACAGGGAAACAGAAAUUAUGACAUGGAAAGAUCAAAACAAUACAAACGUGAUGCAAAGGCUCAGAAACAGAGUAUUUGCUGAUGAAUCAAUUACAGAACAAAUGCAGAGAGUUCAUGUACUUGAUUUAUGUGACAAUGGUUAUGUAAAACCACAUAUAGAUAGUAUACGAUUCUGUGGAAAUAUAAUUGCUGGCUUAAGCUUACUGUCCGAUUCUGUCAUGCGUUUAGCUGAUGAAAACUAUCCAGACACCUAUGUAGUUUAUGCUCUGUUACCUCGUCGUUCAUUAUAUAUUAUGAAGGAUACAGUUCGAUACCAAUAUACACAUGAAAUAUUAAGUGAUGGUGCACCUACUGUGUUUAGUGAUAAACAGAUUGUACGGAAACGAAGAGUAUCAAUUGUAAUGAGAAAUGAGCCACCAGUUGAAGCAAUGAAAUAAUUCAAUAAUCAUAUUAUUAAGUAAACAUUAUUUACUUGUGUUGUGUUACUAUGUUUAAUAGGAUAUCUAUUGUUUUGUAUAAUUUAAUAUGUACUCUAAUAUAAUGUGUACUCUGUUAAAAAAAAUAAACAUUUACAAAAUAA